AUGCCAUGGUCACAAUUGCUAUUAGAAGAUACUGCACCAGUUCCAACUCUUCUACCCCUAAAUAACAAACAAAUAACCCUCCCUGUAGCCAAAAAGAAAAUUCAAGUGUGGGGAUCGCUGCGGAGCACUGCAGCAAAGCAAGCGUCGAAAGAGUCGUUAUGUAAUUCUGAAAGAAUGCAAACAAGUAAUUUAGAACAACGAGGUAACAAGUUGCAAGUCAUUUGCAGUUUAGGAAACGAAAUAUUUGAGGAGAGCUGCAGUUUUUCGAUUAGCGGGUGCGCUACCUUUCAAGUGAGGGCAAUUAAUGUGGAAAACAAUAACACUCUGAUCUUUGUGAGGUUUUUUAAAAACUGCCAAGAAGACGGCUUAACCUACUCCAUUACUUUAUCAAGCGAUAUACUAUCCAUUGUAAAAAAAACAUUGGUGUCUGACGACGGUACUUGGCAUUUGAUUAAGGAGGGUAAUCUACUGCCGGAUUUAGACAUCUCGAUCGUCAUGGAUACAGUACACGUCAGCUCAUUCGAAGCGCUUUACAAUGAUACUGAACUAACCGAUUUUGAACUUCGCGGAGAAGAUGGAUCAGUGAAAGUACAUAAAGCUGUCCUUGCAGCUUCUAGCAACGUGUUGAGGCGAAUGCUCAGCGGCAGCUGGCGAGAAACUACAGAAGGUCGCGUGGACGUCCCAGGCACUUCGGUACAGACAUUACAGCAAUUUAAAGAUUACAUAUAUUUGCGCACGCUGCCUGAUACUGGCUUAGAGCAGAUCCUGCUUCUUGCUUCGUAUUACAUGAUACCAAGUUUAGAGCAGAAAUGUGUGAACAAGUUGAUGAGUAGCUUGAAAGCGCAGAACGCGUGCGAUCAGCUAGAGUUCGCAGUGAAACACAAAUUGACCAGGCUUGUUCUAGCCAUUUUUGACUGCGUCCAGAGUGGGCAGGUGGAUGUUACGGAAAUGCGUCAACACUUUUUGAAUUAUCAAGAUAAUAUUUGUGAAUAA